UUCCAACAUGAAGCUCCUGAUUACAUUAUCAGUGCUGGUCGCUGCAGCGUCUGCAGCGCUCCAGUCUUACUCCGCCCCAGGAGCAGGGCAAGGUGGACACACUGGUGGUGUUCCACUUCCUACAGCAGCUGGACAUUCUGCUGGUGCUGGAUUCGAUUCUGGCGCUGGACACUCUGCUGGUGCUGGAUUCGCCUCUGGCGCUGGACACUCUGCAGGUGCUGGAUUUGAUUCUGGCGCUGGACACUCUGCUGGUGCUGGAUUCGCCUCUGGCGCUGGACACUCUGCAGGUGCUGGAUUUGAUUUGAUUCUGGCGCUGGACACUCUGCUGGUGCUGGAUUCGCCUCUGGCGCUGGACACUCUGCAGGUGCUGGAUUUGAUUCUGGCGCUGGACACUCUGCUGGUGCUGGUUUCGCUUCAAGCGCUGGACACUCUGCUGGUGCUGGAUUCGCCUCUGGCGCUCGCUUCAAGCGCUGGACACUCUGCUGGUGCUGGAUUCGCCUCUGGCGCUGGACACUCUGCAGGUGCUGGAUUUGAUUCUGGCGCUGGACACUCUGCUGGUGCUGGAUUCGCCUCUGGCGCUGGACACUCUACUGGUGCUGGAUUUGCUUCUGGCGCUGGACACUCUGCUGGUGCUGGUUUCGCUUCAAGCGCUGGACACUCUGCUGGUGCUGGAUUCGCCUCUGGCGCUGGACACUCUGCAGGUGCUGGAUUUGAUUCUGGCGCUGGACACUCUGCUGGUGCUGGAUUCGCCUCUGGCGCUGGACACUCUGCAGGUGCUGGAUUUGAUUCUGGCGCUGGACACUCUGCUGGUGCUGGAUUCGCCUCUGGCGCUGGACACUCUGCAGGUGCUGGAUUUGAUUCUGGCGCUGGACACUCUGCUGGUGCUGGAUUUGAUUCUGGCGCUGGACACUCUGCUGGUGCUGGAUUCGCCUCUGGCGCUGGACACUCUACUGGUGCUGGAUUUGCUUCUGGCGCUGGACACUCUGCUGGUGCUGGCUUUGCGGCAGCAUGUCAGGACGGUGAAAUUCUUCACGUCGAUGGUACUUGUGUUACUCCAGAAAUUAAUCAAAAGGUAUACGUUUUCGACGUACCUGAACAACCUAGGGAACCCAGUGGUCCACCACCUGUCAUUCCUCCACCUCGUGUUGACCACAAUAUCCUCUUUGUGCGUCUACCUGAAGACGCAGCAGGACCUGAGCCUAUCAUUCUUCCACCACCGAGGACACAAAGCAUUGUGUACGUCCUCAACAAGAAGAAGGAAGAGGGUCAGCGUGUGAUCGAAGUACCAGCUCAUCCUCAGUCCGAUCCUGAAGUCUACUUCGUCAACUACGAAGACGGAGAAAAUCCGACUCUUCCCAUUGGUGUCGACCUUGAGACUGCUCUCGGUGCAGCCGCCGCAACAAGUGGUCAGGUUCUCGGUGGAGCUGGAGGAUUUGCUGGAGCUUCAGGCGCUGCCGGAGGCCUUGGUGGAUUCGGUGGCGCUGGAGGUGCUGCAGGAGGCCUUGGAGGAUUCGGUGGAGCUGGAGGUGCUGCUGGAGGCCUUGGCGGAUUUGACGGAGCCGGAGGUGCUACCGGAGGCCUUGGAGGAUUUGGUGGAGCUGGAGGUGCUGCUGGAGGCCUUGGUGGAUUUGGUGGAGCCGGAGGUGCUGCCGGAGGCCUUGGAGGAUUCGGUGGAGCUGGAGGUGCUGCUGGAGGCCUUGGUGGAUUUGGUGGAGCCGGAGGUGCUGCCGGAGGCCUUGGAGGAUUCGGUGGAGCUGGAGGUGCUGCUGGAGGCCUUGGUGGAUUUGGUGGAGCCGGAGGUGCUGCUGGAGGCCAUGGUGGAUUUGGUGGAGCCGGAGGUGCUGCCGGAGGCCAUGGUGGAUUUGGUGGAGCAGGAGGUUCUGCUGGAGGCCUUGGAGGAUUUGGUGGAGCCGGAGGUGCUGCUGGAGGCCAUGGUGGAUUUGGUGGAGCAGGAGGUGCUGCCGGAGGCCAUGGUGGCUUCGGCGGAGCUGAUGAUAGCCACGAAAUUAUCCCUGGUGUACUAGCUACAUCUCCAGUAAUUGCGCCUACUCCUUCUGGCGUGUAUGGUACACCCUGAUAGAAAGCACGAUGAUCUAAUGAGGGUAAAAUAGAAAUUAAAAAUAUAUUUAUAUUAUUGUAAUACAUAUCUUACUGAAUAAAUAAAGACGAUCAGUACA